AAAGCUGGCAGACUACUGUAAAAGAGUAUAUAAGAGCCCUGCCUGUCACGCUGACUAUCACACAGGAGGAGGGUGUCAGAACGUACUGGGGAAGUCUGUUGGCUUGGAGCUACUGCAACUUUUACGCACGACUCUUGUCUCCAUGCCGCUGUUUUCCACUUGAAUAUAAGGGAUUGAUUUCCCCACCUGCCUUUGAGUGAUGGCUUUCACUAUGCUGAGACCCGUCUCCACGCAUCCUUUCUCUUACCCCGCGGACCUAACCUUGAUGUCGGACGACGAUGAAGGGAACCGCAGCGAGAGCGACGGCAGCACCGAUCAGGGGUACGGCUGCUGCGGCACUACGGGAGAGAGUUACGGGCGGGAGUCCGGCGGAGUUGUGGUCGGACAGCGGAACGCUGCCAACGCCAGAGAGAGACACCGGACCCAGAACGUCAAUACGGCCUUCACGGCGCUGCGGACGCUCAUCCCCACCGAGCCGGUGGACAGAAAACUCUCCAAAAUCGAGACGCUGCGCCUGGCAUCCAGCUAUAUUUCUCACCUGGCCAACGUGCUGGUAGUAGGAGACGGAAGAGAGGGCGAACAGCCGUGCCUGAGUGCUGUGUACAGAGAAGUGAAGGGGGGUGGGCAGGGCAAACAGCCCCGGACUAUCUGCACAUUCUGCCUGAGCAACCAACGCAAAGGGGUGAAGGACAGACGAGACUGUGUGAAAAUGCAUGGAAGCAGUGUGAGACAGCUAAGUCGACGAUGAAAAUGUCUAAACUGGAGCAGUGUGGGAUUUUUUUCUUCCUCCCAGCAGAUAUUCCUAGAGACUUGAAGCAUCUCAGCACUACAGCAGUCCUGAAGGGCUCCUCUACUUUGUGAGGCCUUGUCUGCUUAUUUAGUGAGACAGGAGGAUUGCCAAGUGAACUACCUGUAUGUCUCCAGCAGUUGCCAGAAAUCCAGUACACAAAUUGUUACUGUUAGGGGUAUAGUGGAUUAUUCCAUAAAUAAUCUGAAAUUAUAACAUUAUGACAUACAAAGUGAGCAGCACUAAGAAGGUUACUUACAUACAUACAUUAGAUGAACAGAUCUUACACAUUAGGGAAACAGAAAUCCAUACUAACCCUAGAUCAAUAAUGGUGUUACACUUACAUACAGCACUUUGGAUCACUCACCUAAAGUGUGAUUACUAAUAGUUGGAAACUAUGAACCAAAACAAAACAAAAAAUGGAGAAUCCUUUAAAAUGCAGUUUAUUAAUGAGCACAUACAAUUCCCUUUUUAAAAUUACUAACAGAAUACAUUUUGAAAAUGUUUAAUCUAGUAAAAAUCUGUAACAUCCUAGAACUCUGUGUCCAAGAGUACUUUGUUUUGUACUUUGAACAUUUUCCGUACAAGUACAAUUCAUUUUGCAUACUCAGCAUUUACAGUGACUCAUAUCAAAUUGCACUUACAAUGAAACUGUUGACCCUUAACACAUUGAUGAUAAUAACCAGUGCUUUAACUAUUGAGUAGAAAAAGAUGCUGCUGAUUCAAAGAGUAGUCUAUCCAAAGUAACUUUAAGUUCCUGGAAAUAUCACAAAGAACAUAAUAAAAAUGUCAAGUAAUCCAUGAAAAUGUAAGUAUAAUUGCACAGUUUUUAAAUAUAAUUUGGGAUAAUUUAAAGAUAUAUUGGAAUACAUAAUUACAUGUAAUCUGUUAUACCACUGUUACCUGUCAACCUAAUUGACUGAUUGAUUAUUGCACGGAGGGAUAAAACAUAUUAUCAGUGUUGUUUACUGGUUCCAAUUUACAAAUAUGGGUUUUAUCAUGCACAAAUGUUACUAAUGUCAUUCCUAUUUGUGAUGAAAAACAAAAGAAAACAAACAAACAAACAAAAAUAAUGGUUUGAUCUGAUCUAAUGAACAUUCACAAACACUUUGGUGCUGGUCCUCAAGAUGUUUGUGUGAAGCUUUUCUCUCAAAUAGACCUAUGCACCUGAAUAGUUUCUGGAGUGUCAGAGGAGAUAUCUGAGAGGCAAUGUUUUUAUCUACAUGUUUUUAUCUACUUUGAGAUUAAAUUUAUUUUUACAUAGGCAUGACUCUCUUGUAUUUUUCUGUCAACAUAGCAAUAAGUAUGUGAUGAGAUCAUUAAAGGCCCCCUUUGCAUGGCCUGUUAAAGGGGUUUUUAUUGGUGAUGCACAGAAACUGUUUUUGUGACACUAUAUUUGGCAUAUUUUGAAAUAGUUUGGUCUAUAACAAAGCUGAACAAAGCUUACAGUUUGUUUCCUGGGUAGGUUCACUCAAUUUAAGUAAAUAAACUGAGUUUAAGUAAUAAAUAAAUAAAUAAACAAUGUCAACAUUUCUCUACUUGUUUCAGACCUGUAGUGGUAACGUCUUUAUAGUUUUGUUCAUUCAGGCCCCCAGCCGAUAUAAUAGAGCCCAAAGCAGAAAAAGACUAACUGGUUAUCAUGCAAGAAUCCUUGAUCAACUAAUUUCAUCAGAAGUGAUUUAAUUGCAUGUCACAUUUACAUUGUUGUCCUUUGUUUCUCUUUGGUAACCUUUUUUUUAAAUAAAUAAAAAUUGCAUAAACAGACCAGAAGAAGAAAAAAAAAGUUUUUUAGAUUGCGCUCAUAGUGAUAACCAUGAAAUUCCAUUCAAGGCCCACCAGCAUGUUCAAACAAGUUGUGUGGUUAAGUAGGUGUCAGGGUUUAAAGAGUUCUUGUAACAGGCUGUGCUGUUUGAUUUGUAUUUACUCUAUAGAUGAAACUUUUAUUGGAAGUUCACAAGAAAGUCACUAGUUAGUGUUGGAUCUCUUGUGGUGACUGAUGAUUACUUCUUGAUGAAAAUAUCAAGAACUGCACAAGUUUAUCCAUGGACUAGAGGAAGAGACAAAGAUUGAACUUUGGUGGUAGAGCUUCAAGUUUCUUCAUAAAUAAUUUGCUUACAUGACCUAUGCUCCAUUCAGAGUUUUGUAAAUUUGGAGGCAGGGUCUACAUAAAUAAAGAAAUCUAAGGACUGAUCUGUGCAUAUCUCCA